GGAGCGCACGGCGGGCCCAGCACCCGACACCUCGGCGGUGCCCACAGGCCGGGGGUGCCGGCGGGCGGAGCCGGCCCGGCGCGGCCGUUCGGCCUGAGCCCCUGCGGCGGGAGGCGGCACCGCCCCGCUCCCAUGGCAACGGCGCGGGCCGCGCUGCGGAGCGGGAUCAUGGCCUCUCUGGCCGUGGCUGAGCCCCCCGCCUCACGGGCGCCCUCUCGGUCUCCGGCCCGCUCCCCAGCCCGCUCCCCGGCGCUGUCGCCUGCCCCCGGCCCCUCUCGCUGCGGCGGAGAGCGGCACAGGAGCCGCUCGGGCGCCGGCGCGGACCUCGGCGCCAUUCAGGAUGCACAGUUAAGAUCAGUGGAUCUGAAUCACGUCAUCAAACUGCUGGAAGAUUCAGACUCAAAAGAUUUGGAAAAAGAACAGCUGAAAGCUCUCAAGAAGGUAGUCAAGCGUUUUGAAAAUGGGCUUCCCCUUAAGGAUUUAGCACAAGUAGUUGAAAUUCUUAACCUAUGUGCAGAAAAAGUGAAUGAACAAGAAGCUUUCACUGAGCCUUUAUGCGAACUUAUUAAAUUAUGCGGGUUACCAUUUCAGAAAAAGAAAUCAUCUGAUGAAGUAAGCUAUUCUGUGGCAGCUUCAAAAUCCAUUGCCCAACUGGGUUAUUUGAUGAGGGUACCAAGCUCUCAAGUUAGAAUACAAAUCUGUAAGUGUGUUGUUAGCUUUUAUAAUAUGGAGCUACCAAGAAAACUACUUCCAGGUUACCAGCCAACAAACGCAAACUAUAAAAUUCAGAUGGCUGAAUUGGGAGGAUUAGCAGAAACUCUUGUUUUGUCACUCGCAUUAGUUGAAAAUCAUCUUACUGAGAAGUUGUGGGUACUUAAAGCUCUCCAGCAUCUCUCCAGCUCUGGAGUAAAUUGCGGACUUAUGAUGAAGGCCCAAGCAGCCAGCAGGCUCUGUUUAUAUCUAAAUGGUGUUGAUCCCUCAGGACAGCUGGUGUUCCGCUCCUCAGAAAUCCUAUGGAACCUGUUAGAAAACACCUCAAAGGAAGAAGUUGUUAAUCAGCUCAGUAGCUUGGAAUGUGUACAUGCUUUGAAAGAAACAUUUCUAGACCUUCUCCUUCAUGGCUUCCGGCAUUGUGAUCGUCAGCUACGGAAUGACCUCUUGGUGAUCGCCACAUUACUAGCUGAAAACCCUGCAGCACCUAUGAUUGAAAGUGGAUUUACAAAGCUGUUAAUAGUACUUGCAACAUUUACUGAAGUUAAAAUUCCCAACCCCUUGGUGAAAGGUCUUAAACUUACCUAUGGUUAUGAGGACUUCGAGCUGAAGAAGUUACUAUUUAAUGUAAUAGGAAUCUUAUCUAAAGACCCAUGUGCUGUACAGCUUCUCAGUGAAAGUGACGUCAUGCCAGCUUUACUUUAUUAUGUAAAACCAAAUCAAAAGCCUGGAUUUAAUGACUGGUCUGCUGUCCAGUAUGAAGAAUUACAGCUUCAUGCAAUUGCUGUUUUAGCUUCAGUGGCUCCUGUGUUAAUAGAUAAAUAUUUGUCCUGUCAAGCGAAUACUCUUCUCCUUGUGUUUCUAGAAUGGUGUGUAGGCCAAGAUCCUUUCUUUGGUCAAGGUAACAGUUUCCAUGGAACAGGUGGUCGUGGCAACAAACUUGCACAAAUGCGCUACAGCCUGAGAGUGCUGAGAUCCGUUGUGUCUCUUUAUGAUGAUGCUGUGAACCUUAAUUUGUGUGACCAGGGAGCAAUUAGCCAGCUAUUGGACAUUCUAAAGUAUGCAGCAAACAAAUCCAAAGAGAAAGAAGAUGCCAUUCUACUGGAAAUCCAAGCUGAUAUAUUGUUUCUCUUGUCUGGUCUCUGUGAAAAUGAUCUCCACAGAAAGGAACUGUUCAGCUAUGAAGGAGUUGAUAUACUUAUCCCAUUCCUUCAAAUGGAUCCAAAGAAGUUAUAUAGUGGAUUAGGCCACAAUCAUCUCCUCUUCAGUGCACUUGACUGCUUGUGGUCCUGUGUCAUUGGAUGUUACAUCACAGAGGAUUAUUUUCUUGAAAAACAGGGCAUUUUCCUCCUUAUGGAUUUGUUGGCAUUAAAGCAAAAGAACCUGCGUAAUAUAAUUCUUGGAAUCUUGGUUGAAUUUUGUGACAACCCUAAAACCACUUCACAUAUCAGUACCUGGCGAGGGGAGAAAGAUCAAACUGCAGCUCACCUUCUAAUAAAGUUAUGGAGACAGGAGGAGUUGGAGCUAGGAGUCAAACGGGAUCAAUUUGGAAGGAUUGUUGACAUGAAGCGACCUAUUGCUAGCAGCUUCCAGAAACAGCAAGAGGUCAUCCCCUUGCCUGCCAACUGUCCCAGCUUUGCCAUUGUGGAAGUUUCAGAAAACAUACGGGCAAAACUUUAUUCAUUAUUGUGCAAGCUAGGUUUUGAAAAUUUACCUGGCUUAUCUGCUAAGGAUUUUGUCACACUUGCCAUCAUACGACGUUAUAUUGACUUUAAAGUUGGAGAAGUUUGGAGUGAAGUGUGUGCAGAAAUAAUAGAAGAAUUCAAGCCUGUUUCAUCAGAUGAGGAAGCCUUGAAAAUUAUUUCAGAAGUACCAGAAGAUACUGGGAGAAUAGUUGCUGCUUUGCAGACUGAAGUGCUUGAAAGUCAACAUCACCAAGAAAUUCAAGAGGAGGAAAAAACAUAUAAAAAGAUCCAAGCUAUCCAUAAACAGAGAGAAAUGGUAGCUAAAUCUUGGGAAAAUUUCUUGACUCGGACAUCAGACUAUGAGGCAUUGAAGAAAGCAAAAAAGCUUCAGGAAAAAUCAAUAGAAACUUCCAGAUCUAAAUUGAAGAUUGAAAAUGGAACAGCCCAUUCUACUGAUAUUAAAGGCCUUGGUACAACAAUUGGAUCUGGUCGCUUAGUAACUGUUGAAACUACACCUCCUCAAUUAAUUGGAGGGCCACUGGCUGUUAGAGACCUUUCUCUUAAAAAGCCCGCUGUUUGUGAAAGAGCCUUAAAAAACAUCAAAAAACAUCAAAAGACUUAAAACGUUGGACUCAGUCAAGAAAGGUUCGGUACAUGUAGAAUAGUGUUCUGAGCAGUGCUUUUAAUAUUUUAGUUAACCGUAUGUGUAUUUUAGAUAAAAGAUAAAAUCUGCUUUGAUGAAUUGCAUAGAACAUCUGGAGAAUACAAUUAUAUUUUGUCUUAACUAAUAUAAACAUGGGAAUGAUUUAUUAAUGAAAUACCCUGUACAGUAUGGUACAAAGGUAUGUUGAGUCUAAUAAUUUUGAGUGCUAGUGUCAGGCUACCCUGAUCCACUAUCACUAAGUCCACUGUUUAGAUUUCCACCUCUUGUUGACACAUUCCACACUUCGUAGUUGAAGUAUCUUUGAGCAGCGUGAUGAACCUUCACAUAAACACAUUCAGUUCUUCAUUUUCCUGGACAUCAUACCCGUGUGCUUUGUCCAAGUCCAUUUUUUUUCCCUUGAAUUGCUGCCUUUAACAUUAGGACUUCUGUUCUCUCACUUUUCAUAUAAAGACUCACUAAGAAGCUUCUCUGUGCCAACAGUUUCCCCAAGCCUGUUGGAGAGACAUGCUGAAAUGUCUGGCUCCUUGUGGGUUUCUCACAACUCUUACCUGAUCUUACUAUUCUAAUUAUUUCUUGGGUUAUUGCCCAUCUUGUCUCCAACAAGAAUUGAUCCUCAUUCACCCUAGCACCUCUAGAAUACCAAGACAAACUUGUGAGCAGCAGAUCUUUUUGUAGACGACUCAAGUUUCUAAGCUAUUGUCUCCUUUCCAAACUUGGGCAAAGCCAGAGUUUGCUAUAUUACAAUAGAGCAAGAUUCUCCCUGAGGCUGUUUCUUCAAUUUAAAACCAGUUGCAGUCCAGUGCUACAGCAUAAAUUGCUGUGACAUUGCAAGGGGUUCUGUGACAUACAAGCACGUUGUCUGUCAUUUUUACCUGUAAGAAAUGUUUUGAGAAAAGCGCAAGCUUUCACUUUGUUAAACUCCAACUUGAAAAAUAGAAAUAAAUUUGAACUAAACAGGUAGAAUUUAGUUUCCAGCGCCGUUUUUUACUUCCUGAAAGGGGGACGCGCUGGGGUAGGGGGUGUGUAUAAGCGUUUCUUAAAAAUAUGUUUGUCCCUGUAACAAGACAUUGCAGUGCUGGCAUUAAAAAUUAAAGCAGAGAUUUUUGUUUAAAAAUUGUCUACUUAAAUUCCAUAAAAAGGAGAAUCUAAAGAAAAUUAUAAAAUAUAGAAUGGUAUUUAAAUUUUAGAGAAAUCUUCCUAUGUUGUUUCCAAAGAAGCAUUUUCUUAUGGGCAGUUCUGUUAAGCAUUACAUUGUAGAGUAAGAUAGUCAUCUAGUGCUUAAAGCUAGAGAAAUUAAAUUGAACUAUGCUAAUUUAAUUUAAUUUUUAUGCUGGGUGCUUGCUCACUGGUAAUUUUUAGGUGUGAUCUCAUUUAAUUAGGACUUCUUUUUUCCAAAAAUUAUCUGCAUAAAGUUGAAGCAUGUUUUCUUAAGCAAGCCUGUAUGCAUAUUUCUUGCCUGCCGGCAAGCAAGUUAAGCUAAGGUAUAGAGACAUGAUAUAACUGAAGUCCUCUAUGUCAAGUAAAGUCUUGCUUAGUUGUUUAUAUUUCUCUGACAACUCUUCAGCAGCCAUGCUGCUUUAUUACUGGUUUAGAUAAUGUCAAAAUAUAUCCACACACUGGGGCCACAAAAAGUAUGCUCCAUUGUCUUUUCACAGUUAAAACCAAACAGUAAAUAUGUGACUAGGAGAACAAAGACUAUGACAUUUAGAGGUUUUUUACAUAUGUGAAUGCGUGGGUGACUCAUUACUACUGGCAGCAAGGCAAAGGUCCAUUUUUUUCAAAAAAACCCAUAUGGGACUCAUGCAUAAAUCCUUCAAAUUUCUGAACAAAAGCUAUAGCAGUACAGUGUAGCCCAGGAUCUUUUAACUGACAAUCAGUUUAUAUUUAUGCUUAUGUAAAAACUUUAAAUCAGGCACAAAUGAGCACCACAGCAUUCGUCCCUCAGCUGCAUUGUGCUUCUACUGCAGACACCCAGCGGGCAAGUAGCUGCAAAUACUCUUGUCAAUGGUAAUAAAGACUGGAGAAAGAAGGGGAUAGAAUUUCCUGAAAUGCUUACAUUUACACUUCAUGAGUGAAUACUAACACAAGGCUUCACAGCAGCAUGGACGGCAUUUGAUUUUGCCAGCCAGCCAGGGACGAUGAUCUGGCUGCCCAGGCGGGAGGAACCCAUGAAAACCGGGCUUGCUGUUUGUGCUGUAACCCAGGGAUGGAGAGAGUGCUGAGAACUGGGCGGGGGGCGGGGGGGGAAUAUCAUCCCAUUCGCUGUUAAUGCCUCUAGCAGAGACCCCAGGAGUAACCAGCUGCCCUUCCAUGGCUCUGUCAUAGACAAAACAGGUACGUCCACCUGGAAUUUGUGCUGCUGCUGCUGCUUAUGGUGCUGUGUUCCUCUUGUUCACAAUCACCCCACACUUUGACAGAUACUGCAGGGUGACCAUACAAAUAGAUUGUUCAAGCAUUCCAGAGCCAGUUACAGGAGAUGCUAAGCACCUUUGUCUCCUAUAGAAAACUAAUGAAAACAAAGACUUACAGUCUGAGGAACGACGGAGCUUUUAAAACUGCAUAGGAUACCUUGCUCUGACACUCAAUGAAAAGACCACUUAUAUAGAAACAUUACCUUUAAAACGUUAUUAUAGUUUUACAUUUCUGUAGGUGAUUAAUAAAAUUAUUUGUAGGUGUGAAUUUAUUUACAGGAUUUUAUUUAUCAUAGUUUAUUUAUCUGGUUUAUGACAGUUAAAGCACUUUGUUGCAAAUGCAAUACAGUACACAGCUAUAUAAACUGGAUAUUGCUGGAACAGAUUAGACAAUAACUCUCAAAUAGCUGUUCUUCAUGAUGUAUCAAUUCCUGAAACCUCUGGGUUUGGGUCAGUCAUGACUCCCUCUAUUUGCUCAAAAGAAAAGGUAUAUUUAAAAUAUUUAUUGUAUCAUGAACUUACAGGGAUAUUCAUGGCUAAGAGAAAUUUCUCACUACUUUUGUACCUGCUCCAGAAUACCGUAGGAGACGUAUUUUACAAGAUGUGGUUCAAUAUUGUGUUUACCUAAAUUAACAUUUACGCAUCUAUGAGAACUGUUGGGUAUUUUAUGAGCUAUGUAUGAGCUAGGCAUUAUGUGGGAUGGAUUUCUUGUUACUUAUGAAGGUUUAUAUGCUGUUACUGUAGAAUACUGUUUCCUACAAUAAUUAAACUCAGUUGGGAUCUCAUCAAAGGCUGGAACACAACAGGGACUGAACAAGCUGCCUUGCCCAAGGAGUAAAGCAGAGAACAGUCAGCAUCCCUGAUUGUUCCCACUUGAUCUCAGGCUUUCUGUGCUCAGGAGAAAUGGGUUAACUAGACGGUUAAUCUCCCUGAACCAGCUCACCCAUGCUCGAUGUUUUCUUAUGUGGGAGCCCUAGUCAAGCCACUCUCUCACUCUUAACCCACUUGAUGCACAGGACCCUUCUCAACUGUGAACUUGCCUGCUAGGACAGGGAUGGAUUGUAUCAUCUUAUUUACCUGUAUGAAUGUGUAAAUAAAGAGCAGUCUUGUGUAAA